UCAAGAUUUGCUUGAUGAUUCUUUAACAAUCGAUAUUGAAAACACUAAUAUUGACUUUUACUUUGAGGAAGAAUUUAAUGAAAAGCCUUUGCCAGUUUGUACAGAAGCAGAGGAUAUAGAUAUGAAAGAUGAACUAACAAUAGAAAAUCUUUUUAAUAUUUAA